AUUUUCCUGAAAUUUAAUUUCUGGAGGAGUUUGUGUAUAUAUAAACUGGUAGAUGAGAAUGUGCUUGAGGACAAGAUCGUUAAGAGCUGUCGUGUAAUUUCUCCAUUUCGAUAAAAAAAAAUCAACUGGGGUUGAAAUCAUUUCUUCCGUUAAUCUAGGGCCUGGAACCCUAAGCAACACAUUUCUGCUUCAGAUUGACUACACGUACAUUCCUUCCUUGCUUCGCUGGGUUUGCCGAUCUGUGGUUCGUUUUUCAAGCCUAUUCACCCCCUGCUUUUUCCCGAAUACAUGGUUACUUUGAGAGGAUGAUGUUGAUGAGGAUUACGUUUCGUUGAUGUUGUUGUAGAAUUUGAAAGAUCAUGACGAUAUCUGGUUCGACGUGUAUGAUGAUGGAGAACGGGUCGGUUGAGUUCCCCUACACGCCAGAAGAAGAAAGGAGAAUAAUCCUGGAGCUGACGACCAAGUCAGGGUCUAAUCUGAGGGAGGGCGACUUGUUUUAUGUUAUCUCUAGCCGGUGGUUCUCUGCUUGGCAAAGAUAUACAGGGCAGCCUGUUGGGACUUAUCCACUUCAACAAUCUUCAAUAGCGCCAGAUAAUGCUGAGAGACCAGGUUCAAUCGACAAUAGUGAUCUUAUUGAAAGAGGAAGUGAUAAUGAGUGUGAUGAUGCUCAGCUUCUUAGAACAUUGCAAGAGGGGAGUGAUUAUGAAUUGGUUCCGAAAGAAGUAUGGGAGAUGCUUUUUCAGUGGUACAAGGGAGGACCAGCUUUACCAAGGAAGGUGAUUUCUGUGGGUGAUAACAAGGAGCUUAGCGUGGAGGUCUUCCCACUCUGUCUCAAUAUAAUUGAUUCCAAUGAUAAAAGUGAAAAAGUAAUAAGAUUGAGUAAGAAGGCCUCUCUGCGCGAGCUUUAUGAAAGAGUUUGUGGACUCAAAGGGAUAGUGCUGGAAAAGGCUAAGAUAUGGGAUUAUUUUGGGAAAAGAAAGUAUAAACAGCUUGAUGCUUCAGACCUUACACUCGAAGAAUCCAACUUGCAGAUGGAUCAAGAUAUUCUUCUUGAGGUUCAAGGCGAAGGGUUUCAGCCUCCCAGUUUUUGCAUGGAUUCAACAGGAAACAAUCUGGCAUUAGUUCCUGUAGAACCCAUGAGGUCAUCUGUUACCAUUGCAGGUGGCCCUGCUAUGUCCAGUGGUUUCUCCAAUGGGUAUACCUCCUGUGUAUACCAACAGAGUUCUUCAUGCUCCGCACUUGAAGGCGCGGAGGAUGGAUAUGAUAACCUCAGGAAUACUUCAAAAGUAGAGAGCGGGGGGUUAGUAGGGCUGCAAAACUUAGGCAACACAUGCUUUAUGAAUAGUGCUCUACAGUGUUUAGCUCAUACACCUCCACUUGUUCAAUACUUCUUGCAAGAUUACAGUGAGGAGAUCAACAGGCAAAAUCCGCUAGGAAUGCAUGGUGAGCUUGCACUUGCAUUUGGUGAGCUAUUGAGGAAAAUUUGGUCCUCUGGCCGGACAUCAAUUGCUCCUCGAGUAUUUAAAGGAAAACUUGGUCGAUUUGCUCCACAAUUUAGCGGGUAUAACCAGCAUGAUUCACAGGAACUUCUUGCUUUUCUACUAGAUGGGUUGCAUGAAGAUUUGAAUCGUGUUAAACAAAAACCUUAUUAUGAAACUAAAGACUCUGAUGGCCGCCCAGAUGAGGAGGUAGCAGAUGAGUUUUGGAGAUACCACAAAGCUAGAAAUGACUCUGUAAUAGUGGAUGUUUGCCAGGGUCAAUAUAAAUCAACAUUGUGCUGCCCAGACUGCAACAAAAUCUCAAUUACAUUUGAUCCAUUCAUGUACUUGUCCUUGCCUCUUCCAUCAACGGCCACCAGGAUAAUUACUGUGACUUUAUUUUAUGGUGAUGGUAGUGCCCUUCCUAUGCCAUAUACAGUUACUGUACCAAAGCAUGGUUGCCUUCAAGAUCUCUUACAAGCUCUAGGAAGAGAAUGUUGCUUACAGAGUGAUGAAUAUUUGUUGCUUGCUGAGGUUUAUCAACAUCGAAUAUUUCGGUACUUGGAGAGCUCUGCUGAGCCAUUGCAGUCAGUUAAGGAUGAUGAACAAAUAGUUGCCUACAGACUUCCCAAAAGAGCAACAAGAUCAGCAAAACUGGAGAUUUGCCACCGGGAGAAAGGUAUCAUAAACAACUCAAAGGCUGGAGAGUGGAAGCCCUUUUUGACACCACUUGUUACUUUCUUGGAGGAGGACCCUGUGACUGGAGUCAAUAUAGAUCUUGCUGUUGACAGAAUGCUUUCUCCUUUAAGAAGAAAAUCAUAUAUGAAGUCGACAGUUUGUUUUGAGGAUAGGCAAACUGGAUCUGACUCGGAAGUUGUAGAUGAUCUAAUGAACUGUAGCACAGAAUAUGGUUCUAUGUCCGAAUCUGCGGAUGAUAUAGAACCAGAAGAAAGUUCCAGCAGUGAAAUGUCAUUUCAUCUCUGCAUAACUGACGAACGGGGUAUGAAAUGCAGGCCGAUUCUGAAUAACACACCAAUAAAACUUGGACCUGGUGUAAAGGUAUAUCUGGACUGGACUGAAAAAGAGUACGAAUCAUUUGAUGCUAGUUAUCUAAAGGAUCUUCCUGAUGUACACAAAAGCGGACCUGCUGCGCAAAAAACAAAGCCAGAAGCUAUCUCCUUAUUUUCCUGUUUGGAGGCAUUCUUGAAGGAAGAACCAUUGGGGCCUGAUGAUAUGUGGUAUUGCCCUAGCUGCAAGGAACAUAGACAAGCAACGAAGAAGUUAGAUUUGUGGAGACUGCCUGAUAUACUCGUCUUUCACUUGAAACGCUUCUCAUACAGUCGAUGGUUUAAGAACAAGCUUGAUACUUUUGUCAACUUUCCUGUUCACAAUCUUGACCUAAGCAAAUAUGUGAAAAGUAAGCUUGCAUCCGAGGGAUCACACGUGUACGAGUUGUUUGCCAUCAGUAAUCAUUACGGUGGCCUAGGCGGAGGCCAUUACUCUGCUCACUGCAAGUUAGCUGAUGAGAACAAAUGGUAUCAUUUUGACGAUUCCCAUGUUUCUGCUGCUGCGGAAGCUGAUAUAAAGUCAUCAGCUGCCUAUGUGCUCUUCUAUGAGAGAGUUAAAGUGCAACAAAAUGGAAUGACUAGUAAACCAUCUCAGAGUCAUACAUUGUGAAGGCCUUUGCUAAAAGUCUGCCUAGUGCAUUAACUCGCAUCUCCGUAUCCGAAAAAGAAAUCAAAUUGAGCAAUGCUUACGUCAUGUUGGGUAUGCACACAAGUUGCAGGUCACUAUCGUUUCCACUAAGGUGCAACCAACUGAAGACUCCUGCCUUAAGAUGAAGCAAGUUUAAGGUCUAUCAGGUUCAGAGCACCCCCAGGGACAAAUGGUUUUUGAGUCUCAUUUGGAGGCAAGAGUUGUAACAGAUCAAAUCUUAUAUUCGCAUUGUUGAUUGGCACACCUUCCUUUUCCAUUUUCCCUUUUUGUUGAUGUUUUUUUACUAGUCAUGAAUUCAUGACAUCUGGUAAGCAUUUUACCAUGGGGUCAUAAUCUUCGGAUGUAUAUUUCUGUACUUUGUUUUUUUGAAGAAAUGACAGUUUGUUGGAAGGAAUGUAGGGCAGGGGCGGGAAUGCCAUUCAUUA